AUGAUUGAUCCAAGAGAUGAAAAGAUCAAUGAUGAAGAUUUAUUAAGUGAAGAUUCAUCAGAUGAAUUGAAGGACUUACAAAAGGAAUUUGAAUUAAGAUAUAAAGCUAUUAAAUUGAAAGAAGCUGAAAAGAAGAAACAAAAAGCAGUAAAUUUGCAACCAGAAGUUCCAAAAUCACCAACUAAACCAAAACCAAGGGAAAAUGGGGAAACGCGGAGAACAAUCCAAGAAGAUACUCAGAUUAUAAAAUCAACAAAACCACCACCAUCAUCACAAUUCUUAUCACAAUUACAUGAAGCUAACCUAAACAAAACAGUUGAAAAAUAUUCAAGUAUUGAUUAUAAUAAAAGAAAAUUUGAAUUUGAUUUUACUAAUUUAAAUUCAAAUCCAGAAGAUGUAAAUGAAGUUUGUUCAUUAUCAAAUUAUCAAUUAAGAAAAAGAUACUUUCCAGAACAUGAAAUUACAAAUCUACUAAAGGAAAUUCCAGAAUUAAAAAUAUUAAAAAUUGAAAAAUUAUUAGCCAAAACAAACAAAACAAACAAUUAUACUGAACCAAUUUAUACAAAUUGGUGUUUAAUUGGAUUUAUAAAAACCAAAACUCAAGUAUUAUAUACAAAAAAUGAUAAAAAAUAUAUGAAAUUUAAAAUAGGUAGUUUUAACAAUGACAUUGAAUUUGUUUUAUUUGAUGAAGCAUUUGAAAAAAAUUGGAAAUUACAAGAAAGUGAUUUGGUAUUGUUAUUAAAUCCUAUAAUUAAUAAAUAUGAAAUUAAAAUUAAUGAAAAUGAAUCUAAGACGGGUUUCAAUUUAAAAUUAGACAGUACAAAUAUAAAUAGUAUAUUAGAAAUUGGUUCAAUCAAAGAUUUUGGCAAAUGUCAAUUUAUAAAAAAGUCAGAUAAUCAAAGAUGUUCAAAUGUUGUAGAUAUAACAAAAUCAAAAUUAUGUGAAAUUCAUUUAGAUAUGAAAUUUAGAUCAAGUUCAAGAAUGGAAUUAAAUAGUAUUAGUAUGAGAUCACCAACAAAAACCAAAAUGUAUAAAAAUAAUAAAAAUAAUCAGAUAUAUUUAAAAGAAUUUAAUGAAAAUUCAACAUAUUCAAGUUCAGGAUAUGGUAAAAUUGAUUCAAAAAAAUUUCAAGAUCCCAAAAUAUUACAAACUCAAUUAAAAAAGAGAAAAUUAAUAAAUGAAAGAGCUAAUUUAAAUUUAGAAACAAAAUUAUCAAAAUUAUCACCAAAUAAUUCAUUAUUAGAUAAAUUAAAUAUUCAAAACCACUCGAAAGCUCAAGUAAAAUCAACUUUUUCAUCAUCAAUGAUUUCCAAAAUAGGAUUUGAUCCAACAAAUAAAAAUCAAAAAUCAAUUUCAAAUAAUUUAGAAAAUAUAAAAGAGCUUUAUCAAUUAAGUUCUUCAACAAAAGAAUCAAAAUCUUUAAAACCUUCAAUUGAAGAUAAACAGAUAAAGAUUGCAAAAUGGAAACAAAAUUUGAAAAAAUUUAAUGAAACCAAACAGAAUUCGCUUUAA